AUGAACCCCAUGACUUACCUCUGCUUCACUCUCAUGUCCAUACUAAUACAGUUCUGUUUGAUGGAUUUUACAAAUGAAACCGGCAAGAGCGUCAAAAGUAUAGUGGAUAUUAACCAAACUAACAGGAAAAUUUCGAACGAUGUCAUAAAAAGAAUUACUCAAAAACCACAUGCACUCUAUUAUCGCACAAAAACGGCCAGCGCUAAAAAAGGAGAAAAUUCUGAAGUAUAUCCUAACUCUACAAUAACCGAGAAAAUAUUUACUACCACUGAUUUGGUUACCACAGAAAUUGACCUCUUCUAUGAGGACGGCAACUCGACGAUAGAUGGCGCGUUUACUUCGGAGUCACCGCUAGCGACGACUGAAUUCGAUAAUGUCACGGAAAUAACGUUCCUCUACAAAACGUCUACUGUAAAACCUCCAAAAGAAAAGAAAAAUAUUAAAAAGCAGGACAGAUGCUCUUGUGACUUACUUUUCGAGUUGUGCGAUAUUAAUUGUUGCUGUGAUACUGAUUGCACCGAUCAAGAGAUAACACUAUUCAAUAGCUGUGAAGGAUCUCAGGGAGAAUAUCAGAAACGUUCACAACAUGAGUUAACUCAAUGUAGUAACAACGCCAUCGAAAGCUUAUUUUGCAUCGUUAAAACUAAUUUGCCCGAGAACAAAGAAAUACGACCCAAUCAGGCUGAUACUGCAGUCAUUAACAGGGUGUACAAAUGGCACACGGUUGAUAAACUAGAGCCCACGGCUACUACAAAAAAAGCCACGUACAAGAUUGGGGAUCCUUUACUAUUAUUAAGUAAAGGAACUUUAAAAUAUUUAGACAUACCAAUUCCCUUGGUGAACAACUACUGUAAAAGUAAGAAACCGAUCCGUUUCUUAGUCAAUGAAGUCGUAAAGUGUAAUGUUAAAUUAAAAGAGAUAAAUGCAUUGCAAAUAUUAAAAAUAACAGAAGAAGCUAAAAUAGUGACAUAUACUAAUAGUUCUACAGGUUUGAAUUGCUCAUCACUACUUUGUGCCAACUGGUCAGUCAUAUUAUGCAAUGAGGAGGCCUGUCAGAAUUACAACCAGCAAUUGCACGAACCUACGUGCUCAGAGGGCUACUGCUCGAAUAUUGCAUACAGAAUAGAGUAUACAUUAUAUUGCAACGAAACUGGAAUACUCACGUCCGCCAUAAAACUUUACGUGAAGGAUGUUUCGACGACGCUUCAAUUUAUUCAGCAAGAAAUUAGAGUUAAUUUCCUUAUGGCGAACGACACCAGUAGGAUAAUUAAGUUGAGUGGCAACCCUGGCUAUGUUCAGGGUUUGCCGGUCCUGGCCUCGACGCUAGCGAACAAUCAAACGCAACAAUUUUACAACAACACCCAGAACGAAAACUACAUUUUGCUGCCAGACAACAAAAACGGUAUGUGCGUACUAAACAAUAUAUUAAAUAACAAGCUUAACUUUGACGAGAACAAAAGGAUAAACUGCAAAUUCACCGUUGAACGAAUUAAGUCCAACAAUGCAACAGAUAUUUGCGUAAAAAUACAGGACCGUAUCAAAAAUUUCUUACGCCUAAAUAGUGACAUAUUCGUUUCGCCUUUUGGCAAACCUCAGGAGAACGUAAAAUGGACAAUAUUAAGUCAAAUUAAUAGAACCAACGUGUACGGAGGCUAUAAUCCAAAAGACUCGCUAUUGUUGUGCUAUAAUAUUGUAACAAGAUUUUCAUUUACAAUAGUAUAUGUAGACAGUGGGAAAAAUGAAAACAAAAUAAUAGAAGCACGGAUUGUCGGGACUCCUAGAAACCUCACCAUGUCUAGUAAACAAAAUUAUUUCUUUGUUUUGUCUGUGGACGUAAAGUUUAUAGAUGCGAGCGGUCCCGCCAUGAAAGUGUACGCUGGCGCGCCGCUCCUCAGUAUCCAUUUGCCCAAAAACUUCUUCCUUCCGUUUUAUUAGAAUGUAUAUUAGGUUUAGAAUUUAGAAUGUGUGCUAA